ACACAUUUUCUUCACAAAAGUUCCAACUUUUCACAAGAAAAUGAAGAGAAGUAUCUGCCCUUCUCCUCUCAAUUCAGUCUGCUGUGUGUUUCUUUGCUUUCUCUUCUUCGAUAUAACCCUUUUUGGCUUCCUGAUCUAUUUCAAGGAUUAUUGCUGCAGUUUCUUCCAACGCCCUUCUCCCCAGGCCUUUUUUCCGUUGGAGGCACUCCAAGAGACUUCAACUUCUUCAAUCUUUCACUCUGCGGAGGUUUUCAAGUUGGAUUAUGCAGAGAUGGAGAGACAUUUCAAGAUCUUCCUGUACCCGGAUGGAGACCCUAAUAUGUAUUAUCAUACACCAAGGAGUCUUUCCGGCAAGUAUACCAGCGAAGGGUAUUUCUUUAAGAACAUUAGAGAAAGUCCGUUUGUGACUAAUGACCCUGAAACUGCUCAUCUCUUCUUCAUUCUUUCCUGUCAUAAAAUGAGAGGCAAGGGACUCUCUUAUGAGAACAUGACCAGAACCGUACAAGAAUAUGUCGAAAGCUUAAUGGUCAAGUACCCUUUCUGGAAUAGAACUUUAGGUGCUGAUCACUUUUUCGUGACUUGCCAUGACAUUGGCUUGAAGGCCACUGUAGGAGUUGCACAUCUUGUCAAGAAUUCAAUUCGAGUUGCGUGUACAAGCGGAGAUGAUGACGGAUAUAUCCCACACAAGGAUUUCCCUCUUCCUCAAAUAGUGCAGCCAUUUUCUCUCCCCCCUGCAAGAUUUGACCCUAAGAAUAGGUAA